AAAAGGUUUAAGCCAGGAGGGAGGAUUCUCGAUCAUGUCCUGCCAGACCAGGAUAUAAGGUACUUGGUCAGGGUGGCCGUGUGGUUUUUCUCUGAAGAUGAUGGCCUUAACCUCUAAGAUAAUGGGCAGUUGAAAAGUUCCCUCCCGGGGCCAUCCAACAUUAAAAGCUGGCCACUCAGACAUGCAGAAAGUCUGAAACUUUCCCUUUCGUACGUCUGUGCUCGGGUUAUGAGCUCUCUCCCUGCCGUCUGAGAAGUGGUCAAUCAUCAGAGACAGAGUGGUCUUCUGUGUCUGUCCCAUCACGCCCUCAGUCCACAGCCAGACAAAUACACUUAUGACAGUUAACAAGAACACACUCAUACAGACAAACCAUCCGGCGUGGCCGCGAAGACAAAACUGAAAGUAAGGCAUCCCAGUGGUUGCUGGAAUGGAGAGCUCUCUGACAGGCUGCACUAAGCCUGAGCACUUCCACACAGUCACUCCUCUGCUGGAGAGCUGGGCGCUUUCCCAGGUGGCAGGCACGACUGUCUUCCUCAAGUGUGAGAAUGUGCAGCCGUCUGGCUCCUUCAAGAUCCGGGGCAUUGGGCAUUUCUGCCAGGAGGUGGCCAAGAAGGGAUGCAGAUACCUGGUGUGUUCCUCAGGGGGCAACGCAGGCAUUGCGGCUGCUUAUGCUGCUCGGAAGCUGGGCAUCCCUGCCACCAUUGUGCUCCCUGAGGGCACCUCCCUGCAGGUGGUGAAGAGGCUGCAGGGGGAGGGGGCUAAGGUGCAGCUGACUGGAAAGGUCUGGGACGAGGCCAGUCUGAAGGCGCAAGAGCUGGCCAAGAGGGAUGGUUGGGUGAACGUCCCUCCGUUUGACCACCCCCUGAUCUGGGAAGGCCACGCCAGCCUGGUGCGAGAGCUAAAGGCAGCACUGGGAACCCCACCGGGGGCCCUGGUGCUGGCAGUAGGGGGUGGAGGGCUCCUGGCUGGGGUGUCAGCUGGCCUGAUAGAAGUGGGCUGGCAGCAUGUGCCCAUCAUCGCUGUGGAGACCCAAGGGGCCCACUGUUUCAAUGCAGCCAUCAAGGCAGGCAGGCUAGUCACACUGCCAGAGAUCACCAGCGUGGCCAAGAGCCUGGGUGCCAAGACCGUGGCCGCGAGGGCCCUGGCAUGCACACAGGAACUAGACAUCAUCUCCGAGGUGGUGGAGGACGGCCAGGCUGUGAGUGCUGUGCAGCAGUUCCUAGAUGACGAGCGCAUGUUGGUGGAGCCCGCCUGUGGGGCCCCUCUGGCUGUCAUCUACUCAGGCCUCCUGGGGAGGCUCCAGGCUGAGGGCCACCUGAGCCCAUCCCUGGCCUCGGUCGUGGUCAUUGUGUGUGGAGGCAACAACAUUGAUAGUGGAGCGUUGCAGGCUCUGAAAGCCCAGCUGGGUCAGAGCUGAUGGCUCCUCAUCCGGAAUGGACACCCCAUAGCUGGCUGAGGGUCCUCUGUGCUCAUGGACGGCCAUGGAAGCUGCUCCAUGCUUCUGUGCCAGCUGCCUCCUGCAGGAAGCCCUCCUGAAAUGCUUCCCUUGGCUCCCCCGCAGACCUAGUCAAUAAACACUCCUACAUGAA